AUGGGGCACGGCCACGAUGCCGUGGCUGUGAAGUGCGAGGCCAGACCUGAACUUACAGCUCGAGAUGAAUCUUCGCCUAUCCAUGUCUCUCGCCCAUCCUCACAGCUUAUUACUGGAGAAUUGAGCAUCGCCGAUCUGGCUACACAGCAAAACCUACCAUCUUCUGACGUCCCAGCAAGCCCAUUGAGUGGUAACCAUGAUCUAUCCCCACUCAUUCAGUCCCAGCGGUUUCAUUCAGCGUCCCUGCCUACGGCGACGGAUACACAAACUCACCUAUACCCUUUCUUACUGGGCCAGACAAGGUCAAAGGAUGCAACCCCGCAGCCAGUGCCCCAACUUCCAGUCACAGAUGGGGAGAAACUCCACCUCAUUUCCGCUUUUAUACGAGAGACAGGUACAUGGUGCGAGACAACCGACUCCAAAAUGCAUUUCACUGUGAAAAGCAUUCACGAGAUGAUGAAAUCCUCCUCAUUCGUCGCUGCUGCGCUAUCACUCGCCUCCCGCCAGCUAGAUUCUGUUCAUAUGCGGCAGGAUCGCGUGACAUUAGAGCUUUACCAGUUCACAAUUCAGCUGCUCCUCAACCAGGACCCCGUACAAGCCGACACGUCCAUUUUGGCAACUUGCACUCUUCUCUGUGUUUACGAAAUGAUGGCCUCGCGUGUCCAAGAAUGGAGGCGGCACUUGAAAGGCUGUGCGGGAUUUCUGCGGGCCCAAAAAUGGAAUGGAUCUAGCAAAGGCAUUGUGAAGGCCAGCUUCUGGGCCUUUGCUCGAAUUGAUGUUUGGGCGGCCUUUAAUAGCGGCAAAGAGACAUUAAUCCCAACCAAUUCUUGGGUAGACAAUAUGUGUAUUGAUUAUGUUUUGGCCAACGGAGACUUGGAUGACUAUUGCAAUCUUGCGCACUUAAUCUUCGCUAAGAUUGUGAAUAUUCUGUCAAACUCACAGCAAUCUAGAAGGAAAAUGAGAGAAGCUGAAUUCAAACUCUCCAUUUGCACCCUUUGGGACGAAAUGCAGAAGUGGUACCAGCUGCGACCAUCAGAGACCGGCCUCGUUACACAGAGGCCGGAAAAUCCAUAUAUGUCUUUCCAAGAAGAGAUCGGUAAUAUUAUCUGGCACGCACGGGAACUUGUCGGAACCUCGAUUUCCAACCCAUCGCAUGCCAACUGGGUUAAUCAGCUUCAACCAUUGUUCAUCGCCGGGACAGUAUUCGGAAGUUCCGUAGCCUCCCUAUCCGUCCGGGAUACUCUGUCCGAGUCUCCGGGUGAUGGACCCUCGGCCGUAGAGAAUUAUGAUUCUGAUGAGUUCUCUUCUGAAAAGAUCCUAUUAUUAAAACAUCUAGCUAGAAUUGAGCGUGAGACGGGCUGGAAAACCUCGGAUCGGGCCACUGAGCUAAGAAUGCUUUGGGGAUUUGUGUGA